ACGAUCUUUGGGUGUUGUGAGAGAAUGCUUGUUUUGCAAUAGAAUAUACAUAAAUGCGUAUUGAAAAAUCGAAAUGUUACGAACGUCACUUCGUCUGCAACUGUCGAAGUGGAAACUCUUCCAUCGGUUGGUCCAUUCCGAAGCUGUGACUUACGCUGAACACGGUGAACCCGACCGAGUUCUGCGUUUCUCAUCAACUGCACUAAAACCUUUUGCAAAUGACGAAAUUUUGGUGAAAGUAUGUGCAGCUCCAAUUAAUCCUGCGGACAUAAAUACCAUACAAGGUACUUAUCCAAUAAAACCAAAACUGCCCGCUGUUGCUGGAGGUGAGGGGGUGGGCAAAAUUGUUGCAUGUGGGAAGAAUGUGGACAGUUUUUCUGUGGGUGAUUCAGUUAUUCCUUUGGAAGUCGCAUCAGGCACUUGGCAAACAUAUUGGUGUGGUAAAGCUGAUCGAUUUCUUAAAAUAAAACAUCCUAUCCCUUCGUCGCAUGCUGCUGUGAUGGCAGUGAACCCAAGCACUGCUUUACACUUGCUCAAAAGUUUUGCGGAACUCCAAAAGGGAGAUACUAUAAUCCAAAAUGGUGCAACAAGUGCAGUUGGAGUAUACGUUAUUCAAAUAGCAAAAAUACUGGGAAUUAAUACAGUGAACUUGUUUCGCGAAAGAGAAACAACUAAAGCCACUGAAGAAACCCGUGAUCUUCUCAAAUCUUAUGGAGGUACAUUGUGUCUCACAGAAGCUGAAUAUAUAGAAAAAGCAAAAGAAAUGGGUCCUUUUAAACUUGCUUUAAACUGUUUAGGAGGAAAGCCUGCAACCCUUUUAGUAAAAAGUCUAGAUCAUUGUGGAACAAUGGUUACAUACGGUGGGAUGACACGUAACCCAAUGCCAUUACCUGUUGGUCCUUUUAUUUUCAAAGACAUUCAUUUACGCGGUUUUUGGCUGACAAAUUUUAACCGACGUCAAUCUGCGGCACAACGACAACUUACUAUUGAUCAACUAUCGAAAUGGUUCUCAGAGAAACUUAUCAUACCUUCACCAUUCGAAGAAAUCCCUUUCAAAGAUUGGCGUAAAGCAUUGGAUAUGUCACUUUUUAGUGAUUCAAUGCCUGCAAGUAUCAGGAGAAAAGCUAUUCUAAUUAUGGAAUGACACUGAUUUGUUGUAUAGAUUUUCCUAGUCAUAGUAAUAAUUAUCUGUAAACUUGCAAUCACCUGUGUGUAGAUUUUAUUCACACUGAUAGGUAAAUUUUACUCUGGGAAUUUAAUUUAUUUUAUUUUUUAUUUGGCAUUGAUUUCAGUGUGACUUAUCACGGUGUUUCUUUUUCAUUUCAACCUUUGUACAAUUUCCAGUAUAAUGUAUGAAAUACAAACGAUGAGUACAUUUAUUUCGUCAUAGUGGCAACUUGUUAAAAAAAGAAGCAUUUCUAAUAUUUAAAAAGAAAUACUAUAGGUGUUAAUAUCAAUUAAUAUUGUAAAUAAAAUCACAGUAUUUCUAGCGCUCAACUUAUGGCGAUGAGAAUUAUGCAGUGUUAGUGACUGGCGUUCACUCUUCAGGUUAGCUUACAUAACACAGGGAUAUAUUGUAGUUUCUAAAUAAUAAAGAUUCCCAAAGUAACAUUUAAAUCAAUACAUGUAAGCGAACAAAAUUUGUUUGCAAUUAGAUCUCAUCACGCGCCACUCUAAUACGCAUAACUACUGAAUAUUCUUUAAAACACUUAGUCCCUUUGAUAAAUUUGAAUAAGGCAUUUAGAAGACAAAUUUCUCCAGACCAAGACCAUUUCGUAGUGUUUUUUGCAACACCUUUACAACUAGCAUGCUUCACAAUAAUGGAUGAUGAUGGAUUUCUAUUCAGAUUAAUUGCACUGGGAUUCUCUAUGUAUUCUACACUGCAUCUCUUUCCCUCACAUCUUGAACAUUUUCGAUCCCUAUACCUACGGUUAAAGGAUAAAAUUCUGUGGACUCUACUUCAAACUGUAUCUUCAAGUUCACCUGCAGCUGCGGUGA